AUGGAGGACCCCGUCCCUUCUUUCGCUAAGACUGCAGACGCUCAGGCUAAAUCCCCACUCUACGCAACAAUCCCUCCCGAAAUCCGCCUCGAGAUCUUCGAGUUGGCGGUUACAUCAUACCCCGAUCUGUCCAGUCCUUACCCUUUUUUCUUCCCGUUACUACCGUGCUGGAUUUAUUGCGCCUCGAAGGACGGAUUUGGCCUUGCUCAGGACAUGCCAGAAAGUCUACUCUGA